AUGGCCGACGACUUUCUCGCCGCCGAAGAAGUCCUCCCGACGAUCAAGAUCCUCGUUGUUGGAAACGGCAGCGUUGGCAAAUCAUCGAUGAUCCGCCGAUUCUGCCGCGGGGCGUACAACGCCAACUACAAGAAGACGAUCGGGGUCGAGUACCUCGAGAAGGAGGUGGAGGUGCCGGGGUUUGGCGAAGUGGUGUUGAUGUUGUGGGAUACGGCUGGGCAAGAAGAGUUCGACGCAGUAACGCAGCAGUACUACAACGACACCGACGCAGUCGCAAUAACCUUCUCCACCGACGACCCCACCUCCCUCUCGACGAUCCACUCCUGGCACUCCAAAAUCACCUCCUCCUCGCUCACAUCGCCGCCGACCGUCGUGCUCGUGCAGAACAAGAUCGAUCUGAGUAAUGUGAGUGGUGGGGUGGAAGCGAAGGACGCGGAAGGGCUUGCGAGGAGCAUGAAGGUGCCGUUGUAUAGGGUGUCGGUGAAGGAUUGGAUUAAUGUUGAAGAGAUGUUCAUAAACCUCGCAGAACGGCAUCUAAAAAAGCAGCGGGAUCGAUACAUGGCCGCUGCGGCGUCGACGAGGACGGUGCGGGAUACGGAUGCGGCUGUGAAAGGUAGGUAA